AAUGAAACUAUAACAAACGCUUUACGUUGAUAAGCGAUGAAAAGUUUUGCCAAACGCCAAAGCUUUAAGUUCAAGCCAAUUGACUAAUUUUUAAUUGUUAUUAUGAACAGUCCCGCAAUCAGCAGCAGCACGUUACGUGAUUAAUAAGCAACGCGUGCGUUACAAAUUGACGGUCAUCAAUAUGGGCAUAUUCGGUAAAUCGGCCACCGUCGAUCCCAAGGAUCAAGUUAAACAGUGGACAUCAACCAUACGAAAAGAGACGUAUAAACUAGAUCGACAGAUAAGAGGCAUACAGCGAGAAGAAGAAAAAGUUAAGCGUUCGAUGAAGGAAGCAGCCAAAAAAGGAAACAAAGAUGUGUGCAUCAUUCUGGCUAAAGAAAUACUAAGGUCACGUAAAACCAUCAACAAACUUAUUACGUCAAAAACACAUAUGAGUUCUAUACAAAUGCAAAUGAAAAACCAGCUGUCUGUGCUGAGAAUGGCAGGUUCAUUGCAAAAAUCUACAGAAGUAAUGCAAACAAUGCACAAUUUGAUUAAAGUACCUGAAGUCGCAGCUACUAUGAGAGAUUUAUCUAAGGAAAUGAUGAAGGCUGGAAUCAUUGAAGAAAUGUUAGACGAUACUAUGGAGAAUGUAAUGGACGAUCCAGAAGAUAUGGAAGAAGAAGCACAAUCUGAAAUCGAUAAAGUAUUAUGGGAAAUUACAGCUGGUGCAUUAGGUCAAGCACCUAUGGCAGUUACUGAAACACCAGGUGGUUCAGUAUUACAAGAAACUGAAACAGUUGAAGAGGAUGAUGACCUAGAAGAAAUGAAAAAUCGCUUACAAGCGUUAAAAAGCUAAGUGAAGGUGUAAUGAAGAUGCUAAAUUUAAAUAAUAUAUUAUGUGCUUUUAACAGAAUUUAAUAUAAAUUAUAAACUAAAAUAAUUUAAGAUAAAAACCAACUAUUAAUUUUAUUAGAAAAAUUGGGGCUCUAAUGAUUUUUUUUUCAUAUUUAAUCAAUUGCAGAUUUGUUAAGGUUCAAUAUAUGUUUAUCAAAUAAUGUAUUAAAGUGUAUAACUUAACUAAUUUAGUAAAACUAAAAUUUAGACAUUAGUGUUUUGCACCAAAUAUAUUUUAUUUUAUCAAUUUAUAAUUGAACUAUUGAUGAGAUUUAUAUUCUUAUAAUAAAAGUCUCGCGUGAUAUUUUUGUUGAAUUCUUAAAAUUAAUUAAAAACAUUAAAUUGAAUUCAUGUGAAAUUGUAGAAAAAACUACAUUUGAACAUUUGAUCUCUUGUUUUACACCAUAAAUAAAUAUAUGUUAAUAUUAUAUAUUUAUACCUACAUUUUAAUUUUAUAUGUAUUAUCAUUAAAUUACAAUUUAAAUUGAAUCCUUUAAGAAAAUAAUGAAAUAUUGUAUUAUUUAUUUUUAUUGUUAAUUAUUUUUGUGGCCUAUAUUUGUUUUUACUUCAUACUUCUGUCUAAAAAUUAAUUAUAACUUCAAAUUAAAAGUUUUUUAAUAUUAUUUAAUUUAAAACAGAUUUCUAUGUUCAUUUCAAAACUAUUGAAACCACUUAAAUGAAAUUAAUGUUAUUAAUAUUAUUGCAUUUAAAACAGCUUUUUUCUGUUUAGUGCACUUAUGAGCAAGACACAAUGGGUUAUUAACAUACAUAUACCAAUAUAUUUUUAUUUUUUAUUAUUAUUUUGUUUGUAAGCUUAAACUACAUAUAUAUGUAUAAAAAAAAAACUGUACACAAUGAAAUUUUUAUAAUAUUAUAAUAUACAUAAAAAAACUAAAAAAUAGA